AUGAUGCUUAUUAGUGAGUAUGUGAGGACAACCAACAAACCCAGUGCCAGUUUCAUCUACAAAAACACUUUACUUGGUGUCCGUCCAUCUCCUACUGUCGCCGCAUUCUCGCCCCGUGGUCCCUGCAGCUUCAGCCCUGGCGUGCUAAAGCCAGAUAUAGUAGCACCAGGGCUCAACAUCGUUGCUGCAUGGCCACCAAUCACCAUACUUGGUUCCGGGCCAUUCCAUAUCAAAUCCGGGACGUCUAUGUCGACUCCACAUGUCAGCGGCGUUGCUGCACUUGUCAAGAGCGUACAUCCCGACUGGUCUGCGGCUGCUAUCAAGUCAGCUAUCCUCACUACAGCUGACAUCGCAGACAGCAGGGGUCACCCGAUCUUGAAUGAGCAGCAUCGGAUGGCAAGUGCCUAUGCCAUGGGUGCUGGCCAUGUCAAUCCCGCAAAAUUUGUUGAUCCAGGCCUUGUGUAUGACCUUGGCAUUACUGAAUAUGCUGGUUACAUAUGUGCUCUUCUUGGUGAUCAAGGCUUGGCAAUCAUUGCGCGUAACCCGUGGUUGUCCUGCACGAAGCUUCCCAAGAUACCAGAAGCCCAACUGAACUAUCCCAGCAUAACGUUGCCACUCAAAUCAGUACCAUUCACAUUGAACCGAACAGUCACAAAUGUCGGGCCAGCAGAUUCAGUGUACACACUGAAGUUGUAUACUCCAAAAUCCCUUACUAUACGUGUCUCACCGGAGAAGCUGGUGUUCUCCAAGGCUGGACAGAAGAUCCAAUAUAGCAUAACGGUGACCAGCCAUGCAAAUGAUGAGAAAAAGUUCAUGGAGGGAAGUUUGAGCUGGGUUUCAAGGAACCAUGUUGUGCGCAGUCCGAUCGUGGCUGCUGCCGAUCUUGAUUCUCCACCGCUGUAAUCAGGAAGAGUGUCAUGAUAUGUUGGAUCAUCGCAGACAUACUCCUUCCUUAAUUUAUAUUCUAGAGCAGUGUCCGUCUUUUAACUAGAAUGGUUUCAAUGCCUGCAAAAUAACUGAAGUUUGGACGUGGAGCAUCCAUUGCACUCUUGUAAAAUACUGCCAGUUUAUGAUGUGGUCUGUGUCCUCUAUAAUUAUGUUCCUUUGAAAAUAUAAAUGAUGUGGUA